AUGUCUUUCAACGGACAACACUCCGGCUACGGUCCGACCGCAAUGUCAAAUGCGCCUGUCGGACUGUCCAACAACCUCCUCACAACCUCCAUAUCCUCUCUGGCGGCUUCUCCAUCAACGCGCCAUCCUUCUCAAAUAUCAAAGUCGUACCGUCAAGCUUCAACUUUAUUUCUUACGCGUCGAUUGCCCGAGGCUCUAACGACUUUACUGCCACUGAUUACUCCACCCGAUCAUAUCGACGAUGGCGAGCCUGCGCCAGUCGCGCGUGCGUCAAGAACGACUCGAAUUAAAGUAUGGAGCCUGUAUCUUACCAUUCUCAAUGGUAUUGUCGAGUUAGAGCCCGAGGAGGGCAAGGAUGCAUUCGGGAACCAGGAAUGGAGAGCCCUGUGCACCAAGGUCCGUGAUGGAGAAAUUUGGGAUGAAAUUGUCGCGAACGGAUACCACGGUGUUGAGGGUGACGUCGAUUCAGAUGUGGUAAUCAACCUCGCGACGAUAUUGUUGGCACAUGCCCGUGACCAAAAAUUAAAUCAACAUAAGUUGGAGGCAUAUCUAGCUGCCUCGAACACCCCUAACCUUGACGUUGCUGGUCGGCUUGCUGAAUCGGCAUCGCCCAUCACAAAUCGUUAUCGAUCUCCAGCCAAAGGAGCGAGCGGCGCCAACACGCCCAGAGAUCUCAAUGCUCGGGUCAAGAUCCUUGAGUUGUACACACUACACGUACUUUUGCGCAACAACGAAUGGGACUAUGCUCGUGAAUUUAUUAGUGUUAGUUCCGUCUUGGACGAAGAGCGCCGUGAGGCCUUUCUGCAAGCAUUACAGAGUCUCCACGAUGAGCAGCAAGAGCAAGAAAAAUUAGAGAAUGAGGAGCGACAACGACAAGAAGAUGAACUGCAGAAAGAAAUCGAAGAGGCAAAGAGGUUGCGCGCAGAGAAUGAGGAGAAGGAAAGAAAACGACUAGAGGAGGAGCGCGCAAAGCGAGAAGAGGAGGAAAAGGCAAAACAAGCAGAAGAAGAGAGUGCAAAGCCCGAAGGGAGUGAGGUUGACUAUGGAGUCGACGACACUGCUAGUCAUAACGGAUCAACUCGACCUCGGAAGGGUAGGACUUUGUCAUCAUCAUCAAAACAGUCCAGGCUGUCAAAGGCACGAAGCACAAGCCAAACGGGAUCCAAAGCAAGCGGCAAAGCAGUCUCUCGCGCUCCAACUCUGGCAUCACGCGCAUCCAUGGUUAUUUCACGCUUGGGUGUUGUGAUCGAGAAAUUGGGUGCUUCGCUCAAUGCGAACCCCAUGCUUCUGGUCAAGUUUAUGGCGUUUAUUAUGGGUUUGCUUCUUAUGUUUGGCAAUGCCAAUCUGCGCGCGCGAGUGAGGCGGAUACUCUCCGUCUUCUGGGCCAAAGUCAAGGGCACAGCAGGAAUGGGGGUCAAGGUCAGCUACAUAUGA